AUGCAGAACCAACAAACGGCGCAUGGUGUCGGUGUGCGAACGGGCAUUGCUGCGCCUUGUAUCUACAUUCAGACCGCCCCUUCACAACACCGUCUGUCAGUGAGAGCCUGUGAAGUGACUGACCACAGUCUGUUUGGCUUGGACCGCUACACAGGACAGAUCAGGACACUUCGCUCAUUCACAGAGACAGACGAGGCCCAGCACAAACUCGUCAUACUGGUCAAAGACAAUGGCAACGUGUCGCUCUCAGCUACAGCUACUGUGCUUGUCAAAGUGGUGGAGGCCAGAGAGGCGUCUGCAGCUUCUGACGUGAAGAGCUCCGCUAAAGACGCUGAGGACACUAAUGUGACUUUUUACCUGAUGAUAACUCUGGCCUCGGUCUCAGCUCUGUUCAUUAUCAGUAUCAUUGUGCUGAUUGCAAUGCAGUGCUCCAAGUCCAGCACUGACUACACGUCCAAGUACUUACAGGACACAAACUAUGACGGGACUCUGUGCCACAGCAUCCAGUACAGAUCUGGAGACAAGCGCUACAUGUUAGUGGGACCCAGAAUGAGCGUAGGCUCCACUAUAGUCCCAGGGAGCCAAGCCAACACACUAGUGCUGCCGGACAGGAGGAGGCCCUCUGAGGAGGAAGUGACUGACCACAGUCUGUUUGGGUUGGACCGCUACACAGGACAGAUCAGGACACUUCGCUCAUUCACAGAGACAGACGAGGCCCAGCACAAACUCGUCAUACUGGUCAAAGACAAUGGCAACGUGUCGCUCUCAGCUACAGCUACUGUGCUUGUCAAAGUGGUGGAGGCCAGAGAGGCGUCUGCAGCUUCUGACGUGAAGAGCUCCGCUAAAGACGCUGAGGACACUAAUGUGACUUUUUACCUGAUGAUAACUCUGGCCUCGGUCUCAGCUCUGUUCAUUAUCAGUAUCAUUGUGCUGAUUGCAAUGCAGUGCUCCAAGUCCAGCACUGACUACACCUCCAAGUACUUACAGGACACAAACUAUGACGGGACUCUGUGCCACAGCAUCCAGUACAGAUCUGGAGACAAGCGCUACAUGUUAGUGGGACCCAGAAUGAGCGUAGGCUCCACUAUAGUCCCAGGGAGCCAAGCCAACACACUAGUGCUGCCGGACAGGAGGAGGCCUUCUGAGGAGGUAAGAGUCAAGUAA